CAUGAUUUUAUGACUCUUUUACGAAAUAUGAGCCCCAUCGCGACGGUCCCCUCAAUUAUAUGACUCUUUUAUCGGUCCUAAAGGUGGAAUAGUCCACCCAGACGCCUCCACCCCUGACCCGACAGAUAUGGUGGAUGAGGACUCGAUCUUGGUCAUCGAUUCAAAAUUUUACAUUCUUGACCAACUGAGCUGCCCAUGUGGGCUUCUACUACUCUUUUAUGACUUACUUCAACACGACAAUGGAUUUGCAGGCUACCAUCAGCCCAGUAACCUUCACAGCGCCUCCUCCGCUAAGCCCACUUCUAUCAACAUCAAGUCUCUCCUCCCCACUCGUCGCCGGCUCAGCCUUGAUCCUUCCAACAAGCUCUAUUUCCCCUAUGAACCUGGGAAACAAGUCAAGAGUGCGAUCAGAAUCAAGAAUGUUAGCAGGACUCAUGUUGCCUUUAAGUUCCAAACAACUGCACCGAAAAGUUGUUACAUGCGUCCACCGGGAUGUAUACUUGCUCCGGGAGAAAGUAUUAUUGCCACAGUUUUCAAAUUUGUGGAGCCUCCCGAGAAUGAUGAGAAACCAGUUGGUAUGAAGAGUGGAGUCAAGUUCAAGAUAAUGAGCCUAAAAGUUAAGGGGGAUAUGGAAUAUGUUCCGGAGCUGUUUGAUGACCUAAAGGAUGAAGUGUCAGUGGAACAGAUACUAAGAGUAGUCUUUCUUGAUGCAGAGAACCCUUGCCCUGCAUUGGAGAAACUUAAUCGUCAACUGGCUGAGGCCGAGGCUGAGCUUGAAGCACGCAAAAAGCCCUCCUCGGAAGACAGCCGUCCCAAUUUUUUGGGUGAAGGUCUGAUAAUAGAUGAAUGGAAAGAACGGAGGGAAAGAUAUCUAGCACGACAGCAGGCUGAGGAGCUGAGCUCUGCCUAAACAAAUGCAGCUGGACUUCUCUACUCUAACAUUGAGUUUGCGAGGAGCAGAUGUGGGACCCGAAGAGGAUCGGAGGCGUCUAACAUUGGUUUGUUUGUCUGUACUUGUGUAUUUGAGUUGAGAGCCUCUUGGAAACAUUUUCUCUACUUCCAAGUAGGGGUAAGGUCUGCCUACACUCACCCUCCUCCCUCCUCAGACCCUACCUCGUGUGGGAUUCUAUUGGGUUCGUUGUUAUUGUUGUUGUAUUAUCCAUGUUUGUGUACCGUUGGUUGAUUCGUUGAUACAGACAACAUUGUACUAUGAUUCUGUCCAUUUUGUAUAUGGAUUACAUAUUUUUAACAAGAAAAGAAGGAUUUUAAAGGGAUUG